AUGCACGCGCGGAGGAGCAGCAAGCAGCAGCAGCAGCAGCAGCAGCAGCAGCAGCAGCAGCAGCAGCAGCAGCAGGUGAAGCUAGGGGGGGAUCUUGUGUCCGUGAGGCAGGCCCCUGGAGAGGGCAGUGGAGGCACUUGCGCAGCUGAGGGGCCCCCCCGGGGAGAGUUGGGGGCCCCUAGGGAAGGGGCCCCUAAGGAAGCAGCUAGGGGGCCCCCCAAACUGCCUGCUGCAGCAGGGGGGCCCCCCAAAGUACCCCUUUUGUGGCAAAAGAGGGCCCUUGAAGCCCAAAAGGAGAAAAGCCCCGUAGCAGUGGCGGAAUUCCAGCGCAUGUGGCCCAUCUUUGUGCGGCUGCCUCCCUGGGGGGCCCCCCCAGGGGGGCCCCUCCAAAAAAGGGUACACUUGGGGGCCCCGGGGGCCCCCGGGGCCCCCAGCAGCAUGGGUAGCCCCGCAGCUGCAGCCUCUGGGGGAAAAUCCUUUGAAGGUGCGGGGGCCCCGGGGGCCCCCAGCUCUAAGGGGCCCCUGGGAGCCUGGGGGGCCCCUGGGGCCCCCCUUAGGGCCCCUGGGGGUGCCCCUGAAGGGGCCCUCGGGGGGCCCCCGGGGGCCCCUGGGGCCCCGGAUUCCCCCGUGUUGCUGCUGGGGUUUUUCGUAGAGGGCUUUCACAUGCAGCUGCUGACGCAAAUGGACUUAGUCGAAAUUGUGGACACUGUGGUGGACUUGGCGGCGGGGCACUUCAAGGGGGGCCCCCCAAAAUGCCCUGGGGGCCCCCCAGAGUGCCCGGGGGGCCCCUCAGAGGGCCCUGGGGGCCCCCCAGAGUGCACGGGGGGCCCCUCAGAGGGCCCUGGGGGCCCCCCAGAGUGCCCGGGGGGCCCCUCAGAGGGCCCUGGGGGCCCCCCAGAGGGCCCGGGGGGCCCCUCAGAGGGCCCGGGGGGCCCCUCAGAGGGCCCUGGGGGCCCCUCGCAGUGCCAUGGGGGCCCCUCACAGUGCCCUGAGGGUCCCUCAGAGUGCCCUGGGGGCCCCCCAGGAUGCACAGGGGACCCCACAAAUUGCCCUGGGGGCCCCACAAAGUGUCCUGGGGGCCCCACAGAGUGUCCUGGGGGCCCCACAAAGUGUCUUGGGGGCCCCGGGUACUCUGGGGGCCCCACAGAGUGUUUUGGGGGCCCCAACGAGUUCACGGGGGGCCCCCGGAGUUGUAUGGGGGGCCCCACAAAUUCUUCUGGGGGCCCCACGCAGUGCAAUGGGGGCCCCACACAGUGCGCUGGGGGCCCCACGGUGUGCAGUGGGGGCCCCAGUGAAUGCAGGGGGGCCCCCAUAGGGUACAGUGAAGGCUUUAGGGAAUGGCCUGGGGGCCCCCAGGAGUGCGGGGGGGGCCCCCCUGAGGGUGGGAAAAAGGAUUCAGUGAGGAGGGGCCCCGGGGGGCCCCUUAUUGUGGGCAGCCAGCUGAGAAUGGGGGCAGGUGCAGCAGCAGCAGCAAGACCCCCGAGGGCUUCUGCAGCAGGACGAGCAGCAGCAGAGGCGGCAGCAGCAGCAGCAGCAGCAGAAACAGCGGAAACGGCAACAGCAGCCCAGCCAGCAGCAGCAGCAGCAGCAGCAGAAACAGCAGCGCAAGCAGCAGCAGCACCCAAGGCAGCAGCAGCUCGUGGGGGCAGUCCCGCAGCAGAGGGCCCCCCGCAGCCUUCGGCUGGGAGCAGCAGCACGGGGGGCCCCCCUUGGGGGCCCCCCGACUUUGCUUCUGCAGCUGCGGGGGGGAGUGGCCAGGCUGUGGGGCCCCUGGGGGGCCCCUGGGGGCCCCCCAGGGUCACCUCAGAGGGUUCAGUUAAGUCUGAGAAGACCCAUCUUUGGGGCCCCAGGGGGGCCCCCCCUGGGGCAAAGGGCACCGGGGGCCCCUUAAGCAUAAAAGCAGCAGCAGGGGGCCCCCCUGGGUCUGCUGCUGCCGGGGGCUGUGCUGUGGAAGUGGUGGGGCCCCCAGGGGCCCCCGCAGCAGACGGCACAGAGCCCGGGGGGCCCCCAGCCUGGGCUUUGGGGGGCCCCCAGCUGGGGGUGGGGGCCCCCCAGUUGGGGAAUGGGGGCCCCCCUGUGGAGGAGGGGGCCCCUCCUGGCAGCAGCGAGAACUGUGCUGCAGUGAGUGGGGCCCCUGGCCCUCCACGGGGCCGGCGGCCGCUGCUGCAGCGCCGCGGGGCCCCGCGAAGGAAGACCCGCCGCAGGAAACAGGGGGCCCCCAAAAGGCCCAUGGGGGCCCCCAAAGGACCCAUAGGGGCCCCCAAAAGACCCAUGGGGGCCCCCUUUGCAUGCAUGCACAGCCCCUGCUGCUCCUUUGAGGGGCCCCUGAGCUCCCCCGUGACCCGGGGGGCCCUGGGGGCCCUCAUGGGGGCCCCCAAGGGGAAGCAGCAGCUGCUGCUGAGCCAAGACGCGCAGCUGCAGCAGCAGCUGCGGCUGACGGAGCAGCGGCUGUACUCGCUGCAGCGGCUGCUGCGGCAGAAGCUCGAGAAGCAGCGGCAGCAGCAGCAGCAGCAGCAGCUGCUGCUGCUGCCUAGACGGCAGCAAAAGAGAGAGCAGCUCGGCAAGCCCACUUGGCCUUUUCUGUCCUCUGUGCAGCCACCAGCACCGCAGCAGCAGCAGCAGCAGCAGCAGCAGCAGCAGCAGCAGCAGCAGCAGCAGCAGCAGCAGCAAAACACCGCCAAGUUCCGGGGCAUUCGUCUCAGCAGACACUUCCUUAAAAGCCCUAAAUCUGCAGCAGCAGCAGAAGCGAGCAGCAGCGCAGCAGCAGAGACAGUUGGGGGGCCCCCCCAGGAGCUGCAUCUGGGGGGGCCCCCCAGGGGGCCCCCCGAGGGGCCCCCUGGGGCCCCUUUAAAGAAUCUCCCCGAGGGUCUUUUGGGGGGCCCCCCUCUAGGGAAGCUUCUGGGGGCCCCCCUGGAGGCCGAUCAGGGGGGCCCCCCUGGGAAGCCUGUGGGGCCCCGCGCCCCCGCUGCUGCUGCUGCUGCUGCUGCUGCUGCUGCUGCUGCUGAGGCUGAUGCUGGCAGCUGCUGCUGCAGGCGGUGGCGGUGGCUGGAGGCUUCCCCUGAGAGGGGCCCCGAGGCCCUAAAAAGGGCCCGAGAAGAAACAAGAGAAGAAAGAUAUGAAAGGAGGCAGCAGCAAAAGCUGCUGCGGCUGCAGUUCCCUGCAGCAGCAGCAGCAGCAGCAGCAGCAGCAGCAGCGGGCCGCAGCAGCAGCAGCGCGGCGCUGCAGCAGCGGCUCGGGGCAGGGGCGGGUGCAGGAGGAGGGGCCCCUGCUGCUGCGGCAGCAGCAGCUGCAGCAGCAGCAGCAGCAGCUGCUGCUGCUGCUGCUGCUGCUGAUCCUAGUGCAGCAAAUUCUCCCAUCAGUGGGGCUGCGGCGACAACUGAUGCAGCGGAUCAUGCUGCAGCAGGAACUCAUGCAGAAGUCCUUGCUGCAGCAGCAGCAGGGACUGCUGCUGCAGCAGAGAGGGAGGGCGCUGCAGCAGCAGCAACAGAAACUGCUGCUUUUGCAGCAAGAGAAACUGCUGCUGCAGCAGCAAUAGAAAUUGCUGCUACUGCAGCAAAAACAGAGAUUGCUGCUACUGCAGCAGCCGGAAUUCCUGAGGCCUCUAGCCCCGGCACCAACACAGAUCCGGCAGCAGUAGCUGCCGCUGCUGCUGCUGCUGCUGCUGCUGCUGCUGCUGCUGCUGCUGCUGCAGGGCCUCUUGUAAAUGAGGACCUGCAGAGAAUGCUGCUGCUAAGAAGGGGCCUGUCGGGGGGCCCCCCAGAAGGAGGGUUUAGGGCCCCCGCUGCAGCAGCAGGGAGAACUUGGGGGCCCCUUGCUGCUGAUUCUGCUGCAGCUGUAGGAGAUAAGGCAGCGCGGAGCCUCUGCUGCUGCUGCAGGGCCUCUUGUAAAUGA